CCUAGUGGAGAUUUUUCCUUAAAGGUUUUCUGAUAUUUAUGUGUAUCAAUUAAUUCAAAAUUGGUAGUUUUAACAACUUGUCAUUUUAUAAUGAUUACCCUUACUGAAGGACCAGGGUUUGUAGGCAUACGUUUUUGCCAAGAGUGUAACAAUAUGUUAUACCCAAAGGAAGACAAGGAAAACAAAAUUUUGCUGUACGCUUGCCGCAACUGCGAUUAUAAGCAAGAGGCCGACUCAAAUUGCAUUUAUGUAAAUAAAAUUAUGCAUGAAAUUGAUGAACUUACGCACAUAGUUCCUGAUGUUAUAUCGGAUCCCACGCUACCUCGUACGGAGGACCACGCUUGUCCAAAAUGCUCACAUCGCGAGGCGGUUUUCUUUCAAGCGCAAACGCGCCGAGCAGAGGAAGAGAUGAGACUCUACUAUGUGUGCACAAACCAAAAUUGUACUCAUCGCUGGACGGAAUAAACAUUUGAACAUGUUUGUUACACCCGCAACGUUUGGGAAUACGACUGACGAUAGAUCCCCCGGAAACAAUGUAAAAAGGGAGCUCGCUUAUAAAUCCGCUGUAUCAUCAAACGAAAAAAGGAAGCGUUGAUGCAGAUGAAGCUCACAUGGAAAACUUAGUGUUCUUAGGGCGGUGUUACAAAAAGGAUACAACGUAAAAGUAGAGAAUAUUGAAUUUCCAUAAGCGUAUAUUUUUAAAAUCCAUUAAUAAUAAUCUUUAUGUAUAGUACAUAUAAAACAAGUAAAAAAGCUAAAAUUGGGUGUCCCGACUUUGAAAU